CUGCCUUAUUCCUCAGCACCAAACCACCUCCGCUUUAUAUAUUUCCACCAAAUCCCCUUUCUUCUCCAUCGUUUCUUUUCCAAAUCCAAUCAAAUCUUAAAUUUGUAGUAAAGUGAAGCUACAACAUCUAUCUGUAUAGAUUGAAGAUGUUAGCCCUUUUCGAUAGCCAAUCCGUUCCCUCACCACCGGAGCUUCAAAGUCCGGCGUCAUUUCGCCUACCGACGGCGAAGCCCAAACUUCCUCGAGAAAUUCUCGAUCAUUUCCUUUCUUCCGGUUCUCGUGGAGCUCUGUCUAUGUCUUUUGGAAAUGCAGCGUCCAUAGCGUUCGAUCCAUCUGCAUCUCAUUCCGCUCACCAUCAAAUGUUGUUUUGUGGCUUAGAUGAAAUGUACUGUAUGUUCAAGGGGAGUUUGAACAACCUGAGUCGGUUGAACAAGCAGUACGGGCUUUCAAAAGCUACGAAUGAAGCCAUGUUCGUGAUCGAAGCUUAUCGAACCCUAAGAGACCGUGGGCCAUACCCAGCCGAUCAAGUUCUUAAAGAACUCGAAGGAAACUUCGCCUUUGUGGUUUUUGACCGCAAGGCCGGCUCUGUAUUUGCAGCUCUGGAUGCAAAUGAGGGAAUGGAUUUGUAUUGGGGGACUGCCGCCGAUGGCUCUCUUGUAAUAUCGGACAAGUUGGAGGUGAUUAAAGCUGGAUGUGCCAAGUCAUUUGCACCAUUUCCACCUGGUUGUAUGUUCCACAGCGAGAGAGGGCUAAUGAGUUUCGAACAUCCGACAAAGAAGAUGAAGGCAAUGCCUAGAAUUGAUAGUGAGGGAGUUAUGUGUGGGGCAAACUUUAAGGUUGAUGUCCAAUCAAGGGUUCACACCAUGCCACGUGUCGGAAGCGAAGCCAACUGGGCAACCUGGGGUUCACAUGCCUGAUUAUUCAUUCUACUUAUUUCUGUCUUUUUUUCUUUUUCAAGUUUUUAUGUUUGUAUAUAUUUUUGUUUUUGCGCUUCCGGAAGCUCUAUUUGGACUUUCAGAGUUUUCUCUAAGAUUCGAUUAAUGAAAAGCAAAUGUUUUACCAUUUUUAUAUCA